AUGGAGCCGAAAGAACAAGACAUCCCGGAUAACGGACAUUUUUACGGCUUUAACGAGGCUCUCGGCGCAUGCCUGUCGAAGAAAGAACACGGCACAUUUGAAUGCGUAAAUCGAGGUAUUUUAAGUACUUUGCAAUCAUUGAACGAGGAGGACACUUUGGAAUUUGGAAAGGCCAGAUUGGAGAGAGCAGAGAGCUACGGCAGGGAUCUUUUGGACUUGGAUUACGAUCCGAAGGAUUUCGGAAAUAUUAUGACAGCUGCGGCCAGAUUAAUGGAACGUCGAAAUAUCAAGUGGAAUCUCGACAAUUUGUACCCGGGGUUGCAGAUGCGCGUUGGACCAAUGUUAAACGGAAACGGAAUAUUGGAAUUUGUUCUCGAUGAGAGAAUUCCUUCGUACGGCGACAGACAGGUUGGCGCAGGAAGGCAAUUGACCAGACACAUAUUACUACCGUUUCUCUUGGGUUUCAAAUUCAACCUGGCAUCUCUAAUUCCGCUUAUGUUCGGCUUCCUGCUGAUUGUGACCAAAAAGGCCCUGAUAUUGACAAAGAUAGCACUGUUUCUGAGCGGUCUUUUAGGAUGGAACACACUCUUCUCCAGCGCCGCGCCACCUUACGCGGCCAACGGGUUCAAUGGCUUUCAUGCUUACGGACAUGAAGUACCGGCAGGUGCAUACUAUCAUGAUCACUUCCCACAGCAACCUUAUAAAACGCUACACGAUUUCAAGCCUUAUGAUCAGCACGUUAUUAGGGAAGUUGUCGAUAUUUUCGAUAAUGAUGCAGCGCACGUUAGAAAAAAUGCUAAGAAUUUUUAUCCGUCCACCAUGACCGCCAAAAGUGAAUACACGAAGCUGUUCGAACGGUGCGCGAACGAGAAGAAUACUUUCGACUGCUUCAAGCGCCGUGCCCUGGAGAUCCUCGACUCGGCGACGCAGGACGAUACCGUGUAUAAAAUCAAUGACUACAUUUCGAUCACCAAAGAUGCUGCAUCUGUCGCGAGAAGUCACUCGAUGGCAGAAAAUGACACGGAGCUGAGUCUCGAUGAGAAAUUGGACAACAAAUUUUACGAGUUUCUGUCAACGAGAAGCUUGAAACUGACGAUACCGGGCAACGCUUUUGAAGGGAGGAAAAAAAAGAAUAAAAACGGAUAUCUAAUAAUAGCGGGUGCCGUGAUGGCAGGUAUGAUGGCGCAAUUAGCGUACGGAAAGAUAGCUUUCCUUGCUGGAACAGCAUUGCUGACAGCAAAAAUGGCCCUGGUUUUAAGCGCAAUAGUCGGCUUGAAAAAGCUCGCAUCGGGCGGGGGUGGACAUGAAGUAAUCUAUGCGACGGCAUCGGAACAUCACGGAGGUGGUGGCAGUGGAUAUGGUGGCGGCGGAUACGGUGGCUGGCAACGAGCAAUGGAAGUUUGCCCGAGAGACGGAAAGCCAUCCGCAUCCAGGAUGUCGGCGAUUAAGAAUUUGUCCAAGUGUGUGCUGCUAUCGUUAGUCUGCAGUGCAAUUGUCUGCGCCGACGAGGACGGCGGAUUCCUCGAUCGAGGAUAUCGUGCCCUGUACCGCGUCUACGAGGAGUGCGAGCACCGCAACAUGGCCGUGUCGCCGUGCUUGAAGAAGAAGGCGAUCGCUUUCUUCGAGAGGCUCGGUCGAAUACAGACGCUGCCGGUCAGCGACAAUCUCGAGCUGGUCAAAGUCGCGUCUGUGCCGGAGAACAGCUCGAAGAGCACAGUCUCCGAUCUGGAGAAGACCCUGGCGAGGACUAGCGGCAGUGCCACGGACGAGAUCCUCAACGAAAUUCUGUUCGAGCGCGUGGCCGCGCUGAUGAACAGUUUCAAUGUGCAAAUCAGCUUGCCGAAAACAACCUCCGGCGAGCUGAAACGCAGCGUCGAGGAGGGCCGCGGCAAGAUGAAGAAGAUGAUGGGCAUGAUGAUGAUGGGGAUGGCGAUGAAACUCGCCGCGCUGGUCCCCAUCGCUAUGGGCGUGCUCUUCUUGCUCGCCGGCAAGGCGCUCAUCAUCAGCAAGAUCGCCUUGGUGCUGUCGCUCAUCAUCGGAUUGAAGAAGCUGCUGAGCCAAAAGAAUAACGACCACGGUCACGGCGGCUGGCAGCAGGGCGGAGGCGGAUGGGACAGGAGUUUGAAGGCAGACGUGAGCGCGCCUGUUCCGUCGAUGACGGAUGCCGAUCGUGAGUAUGCUCAGACCCUGGCGUACAGCGCGCGGCAGAAGCGUUAA